AAUUUUGCUUUCGAACUGGUUGGUUGUGUUUUUUGGCUUCUCUCUGCGUGCGCCGUUCGUGGAAAACACUGAAAAACUUUGAAACCGAAGAGGAGAAGAGGGAAACUCCAGUUUGUAUUUAUCCUUGUCCUGUGUACAGAAAACCAAUCGGAAGUUUUACAACCAAGCUCAAGUCCCGCGAUUUUCCUCCUUGUUUUUCCUUUCUGUUUUGCCGGCAAAAACAAAAAGCGGCAAAGGAGAGGCAACAAAAACAAACGCAGAAGGCGAAGCAAAAUGUGAAAAAUUGCCGAACAUGGCGCCGCGUGUGUGACAGAGACAGAACGAACGUGUGAGAGGGAGACAGAGAUCGAAGAUAAACAAUAGAAACAAUUUUUGAUACUUAACGUUCUACAACAACAAUAAACUCAGCUCAGGUACAACAAAAAACUAAAAAACAGACUGCAUAAACGGGAAUUUUUUCGAAGUAUUUUUGAUACACACAGAAGGAGGUGUACGAUUUUAAAAGCAAUAAAAAAGCAAUCACCAAGUUUAAAAAAUAAAACCAUCUUGAAAAAACCCACUCGCAAAACCAAGCAAUUUAAAAAACAAUCUAAAAAGUCGACGACAAAAAUAAGCAUUUACAAUAUACAACCUAAAAAGUAAUUCCAAAAUAUUAAAUCUUGAAAACCGGAAAACUGACAAAAUAAAAUCUUACUAAAAUUUCGUAAAACAGACUUUUGUCUGCCCAUACCCACUUUUCUACACAAAAUUUACAAAAGUCCUCUGAAAAACCUAAAAAUAUUUUCAAAAAGCCAAUAAAAAUCGGUAAAUAAUUUCGCAAACUCGCUGGAAAUACCCAAAAAUCGGUUUAAAAAUACUCUGAAAUCGGUUCAAAAAUAAAACACUGGAGGCAUUCAAUAAAUAUACACCGCAAGCAUUUAUGGGCCACAAAUCACAGCAUAAAUUCCCGAAUAGAAUCAACAAGCAAUAUUUUCAAAUAUAAAAUGGUCGAAAAAAUGCUCAUCCGAAAUAGAGAUUGAGGAGGAUAUUUUUCGAGGCAGCCAGUCCACCAAAUAAAUUUAACGCAGAAAGUGCUCAUUUAGAGAGCAAAGAAAAAAUAUAAAUUUAUGGCUCCGCGUCGCAACAGCAACAUCAGCAGCAGCGGCAACAGCAGCACCCAGCAGCAGCAGCAGCACCAGCAACAGUUGCAGCAGCAACACCAGACGCAGCAGCAGCAACUGCUGCAGUUCUACGCGGAGAACGCGAAUUCUUCAGGCGUUCUGAUGGCGCCCAUGCAGGGAUCCGGGGGCGUUGGGGGCGUGGUGCGCUGCUGCCUGCCCAGCGGAGAUUGCCGCAAACUGGACUCCCUGAUACCGCUGAACGAACUGGCCCUGGCCGACUGCAUCCGGGUGCUCUGCAACAACGAGAACUGCAGUGCAGGGCAGUACAUGCACCGCGAGUGCUUCGAGCUGUGGGAGGCGGGCGUGCUGCAGACCCUCAAGGCCAACGGCAGGGCCCGCUCCUGGUCGGAGAGGCAGCGGCUCCAGCACCUGUGGACCAAGAAGGGCUACGAGCUGGUCCACAAGGCCUGCAGCUGCAAGUGCGGCCGCGGACAGCUGCGCAAGGAUCUCGAGUGGGUGGCCCCCACCAACCAGGGCGUUCUGUACCUCAAUGGAUCUGGUAAUAGGGGAUCCAAUGGCCUGAAUGGCAACCUCAGCGAGGACGAUGACAAGAAGAAGGCCAAGAAGAAGCGGAAUCGCAAUGGCAAUGGCAACUCCAAGGCCCCCUUGAGCCAGAAUAAUGGCAAUAGUUACGGCGGACUGACGCCCAAUCCGAAUGUGGGUGUCAUAGGGUCGGGUUUGCCCCACAACAGUGGCAACACCACCGGCAACAAUGGCAAUGCCGGCAACAACGGCUCUUCGGAUCUGCUGCAGCCCAGUGUGGUGGCCACUCUGAGCAACAUCCUGAAUCCCAACAAUGUCCUCGGCCUGGACUUGAGGGCCAGGGCUGGCAGUCUGUCCUCCAGUGGAGCUGGCAGUGGUUCCACCUCGCCAUCGGCCUCCCAAUCCAGUGGCGAGAUCCCCGUGUCGCCUGUGCAGCAAUUGAAGCAAACACUGCUGAUGCAACCCGUGGGUUUUCUGCAGAACGGCCUGGGUUUGUCCAAGAACCUUCUAAUUGCUCCCCAGCAGCAGCAGCAGCAACAGAAUAAUCUGCCUGCUUUGGCCAAUAUCAGCAACUUUAAGCCCUUGGCCAGCUAUGAACAGCAGCAACUUGUGCAGCAGCAGAAGAACAAGGAGGUCGAACUCUAUUCCGAGCGAGUGCGCUCCACAUCGGGCUGCAAUGGGAUCUUUUCGCGUCGCCUGGACUUUUCGUCGUUCAACUUGCUGCCAAAGACUCGUUUGAAUUCUUAUCAAGUCAAGCUCUGGCGAUGACAUAAUUCCUAUGGA